GCCCAAUUUGUUUUGUCUUCUCUCAUGAAAGGCCGUCAUAAAUGGUCCGUCUGAUACAACCCGGACCGCCUGCCCUUCUUCCCCUUCUCCCUGUUCCAAACCUCGAGGCAUUAUAACCUCCGGGGAAGCAAGGUGAGCUUUCAGCCCUUCACUUGGCUCUAACCCUCUAACCCUCUAACCCUCAUCCAUGGACCCGAAUCGGCCGAACGACACGCUCCCGACGAACUGGCGUUUUGGAGGCGGCCAUUUCCCGCCAAACCCUCGAAGCGCUGGCCACCGGCGAGCUCACUCCGAUACUUUCCUCCGCCUCCCGGACGACUUGCUUUUUGACUCCGAUCCCGAUUUCAACAUCUCAGACAUCGACUUGCCAUGUCUCUCCGAUGACAAUGUUUCGGGAGGAAGUGCUGCUGCGGCUCCGGCAAUCCCAGUUGAAUACGGUGGCCGAUCGGACGCCAGGGCGGCGCAUAUUGGAGGCAGGCAUGUCGGAAAUGGGGCUCACUUAAGGAGCUUGUCGGUCGAUGAGGGGUACUUUGAGGCGACGGGGUUUCAGGGGGCGGGUUUUACCGGUGGUGUGGCGACCGAGAAGAGGGUGCAGCACCGUCACAGUAGCUCCAUGGAUGAGGAAACGUCGCCUUUCGAAGAAGAGUCCAUGGGGUUUUCGGAUUAUGCGAAGAAGGGGAUGCCGGCGGAUAAGCUCUCUGAUCUGGCACUGAUUGAUCCUAAGAGAGCCAAGAGGAUACUUGCGAACAGACAAUCUGCAGCUAGAUCCAAAGAAAGAAAAAUCCGCUACACUAAUGAACUUGAGUGUAAGGUGCAGACACUUCAAUCCGAAGCUACUACGCUCUCAGCACAGGUUACCCUACUUCAGAGAGAUACUUCGGGCUUAACAUCUGAAAACAGGGAACUCAAACUGCGCUUGCAGGCUCUGGAACAGCAGGCUCAACUUGGAGAUGCUUUGAAUGAGGCAUUGAGAGAAGAAGUUCAACGUUUGAAAAUAGCGACCGCACAGUUUUCUAAAGGUCACGAAAGCUCCUUCAAUAGCGGUUUUGAGCAGUCAAUCUCUCCAUUUUAUGCUCAUCUUCAACAGCUUCCCAGUCAUGGUGGGAGUUUUAUGUGAGUAUUCAUAAAACCCAUGCAUGAAUUAAUUAUCAGUGAAGUUUUUGUCUAAUUAAUUCAAUGCAAUGAAUUUCUUCGUUGUUUAAUUAUAUCAUUGAUUAUGGUUUUGCUGCUCAUAAUUCAAGCAGUUGUAUGUAAUAAUCAUGUCAUGCAGUGAUAUGCUUGCCUUCAUGCCCCUUUUGAGAUAUUCUAUAAACUUUGCUGCCUUUUUGGAGAAGGCAGUAGUUUAUAUGAUAAUUAAUUUUGU